GCACUGAGAGGACGAAAGAGGAGAACGCGGGGAGCAGCAAGUCCGCGUUAAGCGCUAACGCAUGCGCAUAGCUAACCGCACCCGCCUCAGCUUCCCUUUCUUGGCCAGAGGCGCCGGUUGGACUCACGGGAGGGGCAUGAUGGUGGUAGGUACAGGCACCUCGCUGGCGCUCUCCUCCCUCCUGUCCCUGCUGCUCUUCGCUGGGAUGCAGAUGUACAGCCGUCAGCUGGCCUCCACCGAGUGGCUCACCAUCCAGGGCGGCCUGCUUGGCUCAGGUCUCUUCGUGUUCUCGCUCACUGCCUUCAAUAAUCUGGAGAAUCUUGUCUUUGGCAAAGGAUUCCAAGCAAAGAUCUUCCCUGAGAUUCUCCUGUGCCUCCUGUUGGCUCUCUUUGCAUCUGGUCUCAUCCACCGAGUCUGUGUCACCACCUGCUUCAUCUUCUCCAUGGUUGGUCUGUACUACAUCAACAAGAUCUCCUCCACCCUGUACCAGGCAGCAGCUCCAGUCCUCACACCAGCCAAGGUCACAGGCAAGAGCAAGAAGAGAAAUUGACCCUGAAUGUUCAAUAAAGUAGAUUCUUUGUA